UUGAUCAAGCCAGUCGUAGUUAAUUAUACACUUCUCGAGCUAUGGAUCGUUGGAACGGAAAAGUAGCUGUAGUCACAGGUGCAUCAGCCGGUAUUGGUUUGUCCAUAACGAAGAUUCUAGUUCGUAACGGGAUGAUAGUCAUUGGCUUGGCACGCCGGGAAGAAAAAAUGAGACAAGAAAUGAAGAACGCUGAAGGGCCAGGCGAAUUUCACGCAAAGAAGUGCGACGUUACGAAGGAAGCGGAGGUCAUCGAAGCAUUCGAUUACGUCAGGCGAACUUUCAAAUCUUUGUCUGUACUGAUUAAUAAUGCUGGAAGCGUUAAUUUGAACACCAUCGAAGCUGCUGAAACAGCUGAGCUUAGUCAAGUAAUUGCGCUCAAUUUCAUGGGUCCGUUGUAUUGCUCGAAACAGGGAAUAAAAUUGAUGAAAGAGAAUAGUGACGAAGGGCACAUUAUCAAUAUAAAUAGUAUUGCAGGUCAUAAAGUAAUUCAUCCGAGCUGCUUAAUGAACACGCACACUAAUGUUUAUUCGCCAUCAAAAUUCGCGUUAACAGCAUUGUCUGAAGUACUCACUAAUGAGCUCUUAGGGAGUAAAAUUCGCGUAACGAAUCUAAGCCCGGGCCUAGUCAUAACCGAAGUUGUCCAGAAUGCCGUGGAUAAAUCGACUGGUAUUAUUCAUGCCAAUCCUGCUUUACAACCGGAUGACAUUGCUAACGCAAUUGUUUUCGUUCUUGGCACACCGGUUCACGUGCAGAUAACUCAACUCACGAUCAAGCCUCUUGGCGAGCCUUACUAAACAAAUCCUGUUGCCGCGAUCUUUUGAUACGAUUACAUUACUGGUAUAUUUUUAAUUUAUCCUACCUAAAUUCUGGGGAUAUACAAGUAUGAGCACAAGGAUAAUGUCAAUCUUCGAUGAGUGGCUCCUUCAGCUAGCAAGCAUCUCGAAGCUUACAGACUUGCUUACGCUUACAAUAACGUUAAGUGCUCUCGGGAGGGUUUAGUAGAAGACGCCAUAUAUACUUUUUUGUUGGAUAGUUGAAUCAAUGAAGUUUCGUAAUUCUAUAUAAGAAUCCAUUGACUUUUGAAGCUGUCGUCAGUUAUCAGUCUAUGACUUGCUUAUAUUUUGUUGUGAUAUUGCGAAAAUAAAAGGAAUUUAUUAAA